AUGAGAGGUGAGUUGAAUGGCCUCAAAACAAAGAUUUUGAGAGAACAACCUUGUGCAUACUAUGUUCAUUGCUUUGCUCAUCAACUUCAACUAGCACUUGUUGCCGUAGCAAAGAAGAAUAUUGAUAUUGCCUCUUUCUUCACAACCACUAAUAGUGUGGUUAACCAUGUUGGAGCGUCUUGUAAGCGGCGUGAUGCACUUAGAGCACAACUUCAAGAAGAGCUUGUGAUAGCUUUUGAAAAUGAUUGUCUUAUAACGGGGCGAGGUUUGCAUCAAGAAACAAGUCUCAAACGUGCCGGUGACACACGAUGGAGCUCACAUUACGGUACCAUUAUUAGCAUCAUUUCUAUGUUUUCAUCUGUGAUUCAUGUGCUUCAAAUGAUUAUUGAUGAUAAUCCCAAUGAUAGUGCCGGUGAAGCAAAUAAGAUUCAAAGGGAAAUGCUUACUUUUCAGUUUGUGUUUCACCUAUUCUUAAUGAAAGCUAUAUUGGGACUCACAAAUGAUGUGUCACAAGCAUUGCAAAAGAAAGAUCAAGAAAUUGUGAAUGCAAUGGCUUUGGUGAAAUCAUGCAAGGAAAAGCUACAUUGGAUGAGGAAUAAUGGGUUUGAUGCAUUAGUUGAAGAGGUGUCUUCAUUUUGUAACAAACAUCAUAUUGAUGUUCCUAACAUGGAUGAGGCCUUCGUACUUUCAGGGAGGUCAAGGCGUAAUGCUCCAAUAAAAACAAAUCGUCAUCAUUGUCGUGUGGAGCUCUUUAUUUAUGUCAUUGAUGAGCAACUUACGGAGUUAGAUGAUCGUUUUAAUAAGCUUUUGAUAAACAAAAGCUACUUCGUCUUGCUCAAUUUUAUCCUCAAGACUUUUCGGAUGGGGAUCUUUUAG